GCGCCGGUUUUUUUGUUUGUUUUUUUUUUCCUUCUCCCUUAUCUCUCCCCAAAGGAAACUGUUGCUAGUUGGCAUAGACUUUUUAAAUGUUUGGAAUUCAAGAUACUUUAGGAAGAGGACCAAUUCUGAAAGAUAAAUCUCUAGGUUCUGAGAUGGAUUCCGUCAGGUCCUGGGUCAGAAACGUUGGAGUUGUGGAUGCAAACGUAGCAGCACAAAGCGGAGUAGCUUUGUCCAGAGCCCACUUUGAAAAGCAGCCACCCUCCAACUUGAGGAAAUCCAAUUUCUUUCACUUUGUUCUGGCUCUCUACGACAGACAGGGGCAGCCCGUGGAAAUAGAGAGGACAGCUUUUGUGGACUUUGUAGAAAAUGAUAAAGAGCAAGGCAACGAGAAGACGAACAAUGGCACACACUACAAACUCCAGCUCCUCUACAGCAACGGUGUCAGGACAGAACAGGAUCUCUAUGUGAGGCUCAUCGAUUCUGUGACCAAGCAGCCUAUAACUUACGAAGGCCAGAACAAGAACCCCGAGAUGUGCAGAGUGUUGCUCACCCACGAAGUCAUGUGCAGUCGGUGCUGUGAGAAGAAAAGUUGUGGCAACAGAAAUGAGACUCCGUCCGACCCUGUGAUCAUUGACAGAUUCUUCCUAAAAUUUUUUCUCAAGUGCAAUCAGAAUUGCUUGAAAACAGCAGGAAACCCAAGAGAUAUGAGACGGUUCCAGGUGGUGCUAUCGACAACAGUGAACGUGGAUGGGCAUGUGCUGGCAGUGUCUGACAACAUGUUCGUGCACAACAACUCCAAGCAUGGGAGGAGAGCAAGAAGACUCGACCCCUCGGAAGCCACGCCCUGCAUCAAAGCCAUCAGCCCAAGCGAGGGCUGGACCACGGGGGGAGCCAUGGUGAUCAUCAUCGGGGACAACUUCUUUGAUGGGCUGCAGGUGGUGUUUGGGACCAUGCUGGUGUGGAGUGAGCUGAUCACGCCUCACGCCAUCCGCGUCCAGACGCCUCCCCGGCACAUUCCCGGCGUGGUGGAGGUGACAUUAUCCUACAAAUCCAAGCAGUUCUGCAAAGGAGCACCAGGCAGGUUCAUUUACACAGCUUUAAAUGAACCUACCAUAGAUUACGGCUUCCAAAGACUGCAGAAGGUCAUCCCAAGACAUCCUGGGGACCCUGAAAGAUUAGCUAAGGAAAUGCUGCUGAAAAGAGCCGCUGACCUGGUGGAAGCUUUGUACGGGACGCCCCACAACAACCAGGACCUGAUCCUGAAGCGCGCGGCCGACAUCGCCGAGGCGCUGUACAGCGUGCCCCGCAACCCCGCGCAGAUCCCGGCGCUGCCCAGCUCCCCUGCCCACAGCUCCAUGAUGGGCAUCAACUCCUACGGCGGCCAGCUGGGCGUCAGCAUCUCCGAGUCGGCGCAGGGCAACAACCAGGGUUACAUCCGUAACACCAGCAGCAUCUCCCCGCGGGGGUACUCCUCCAGCUCCACCCCUCAGCAGUCCAACUACAGCACCUCCAGCAACAGCAUGAACGGCUACAGCAACGUGCCCAUGUCCAACCUGGGCGUGCCCGGCUCCCCCGGCUUCAUCAACGGCUCCCCCACGGGAUCCCCCUACGGACUGAUGUCUUCAAGUCCAACAGUCGGCUCCUCCAGCACUUCUUCCAUCCUCCCGUUCUCCUCCUCGGUGUUCCCCGCUGUCAAACAGAAGAGUGCCUUUGCUCCUGUCAUCAGACCCCAAGGGUCCCCCUCUCCCGCCUGCUCCAGUGGCAACGGGAAUGGCUUCAGAGCCAUGACUGGUCUUGUCAUUCCCCCGAUGUAAGGAAGGGGCAGCUUUGCUGCUCUCCCUCCCUCUUCCAUUUUUUCCUCCUUUUUUUUUCAUUUUUCUUUUACAGCACAAAACUACUUAUUGUGAUGGACCACUAAAAAGAAAAAAAUAGCACUACAAGCUCUUUUUUGGGGAAAAGCCAGGCCCAGGAAAAAAAGGAACAUUUUUUAUGGAUUGGACGAGAUAGAAGUCUGCAUCAUUUACCUGAUUCAUAUUUCUGACACAACCACAUCAACUCCUCAACCAUUGGGAAUGAAGAAUCAGCAAGAGCCAGGAUGAACAAGAGUUGGCAGAAUGGAAUUAGAAAUGCAAAGUCUUUCCUGGAAAACACGAAAACCUUCCUAAGAUUUGUAAAAUAUUCAAAGGAAAAAAAAAAAAAAGAAAUUGGCAAAAUGUUUCAAGGUUGAUAUUUUGGAUACAAUUUGUUUUACUUUGUAGGGGUAAAAAAGUUGAAGUUUCUAUUUUCUAUGGAGCCUUUCGGAUAUUGAUUUAGUUUAUGCAGAAAACAAUUCAACAAAACAGGGUACCAGCAUGAAAGAAUUUCUAGGACAAACUGACAUGAAUGAUGGAACUUUGGUGUAUGUGUGUAUUUGCUUAUAGUUUAACCUCUUUAAAAAAUGUAAGAUGUUUUACAAUUAUUUAAAUAAAUAAACUUGUAAGUUAUUGUAUGUAGAGGUAGAAAUUAAACCCUGUUUUGGAUUUUUUCCUCCAGUUGUACAAUGAAGACAGAUGAUGCAAAAAUGUAGUGAUAAGUUUGAGAUAUAUUAUUACUGCUGCAAUUGCUCCUCACUUUCCCCCCCCUCUUACUGAAUUCAUGUGCAAGGAUGUAUAGGAUUCUUUCUGAUUAACAAAACCCUCAGAAACUUUUACCUACAUCGUGGUAAACAGCUCAUGUAGGAAUUUUUUCACCCUCCUCACCUUUCCCCAUUUCCAUUUUGUGCUUCAAUUAAAAUAUUCAGGUACUAAGAUUAACUGCUAAGUCUCCAAGACCCAGCUGACGAGUGAGUGGCACUUAGGGAUUUGAGUGAGUCGGAUUUUUCAUGAGGUACUGAGUAUAUUUUAUAGAUUCGAUGUAUGAAUUAUGAGGGGAAGGGUUCUCUGGGGUUUUCCAUGUAGUUAGAACACCUUAAGUUCAGUUAUGCUUCAUAUUAAGGGUGCAUUUAAAAGGGUGAACAUGUAUUUGAAUGAUUUAUGCACUUUUAUCCUGAGUCAUUAAAAAUGGUAAGUAUUUGCCAGUUGGAUAUUGAAGUUCAUAGAGGUAAUCAAUGCUUUGAAUUUUUCUGCAUUUUAGCCUAACAUAAAAAUUUAGUUCUCCUUUGCAUCUCCUCUCCUGGAAUUGGAAGGCGAGGACAAGUCUGAUAAAAUAAAUCAUAAAUUAUCCAACUAAACCAGAGAGCACUCAAAAGAAUUUGGUUGUUGGAAAGCCAUUUUUAGUGGGGAAAAAAUAAACACCAGCUACACUACAGAGACUCCCCUAAAAUCCACACAAUUAAUGGCUGCAUGGACAGCUGCUCCUAUGGAAGCACCUUGAUAUUAAUCAAAAAACCC